AUUUGAACAGGCAGAAAUUAAGAAGCCCCAACAACUGAUAUUCACAACGAAGGAGAUCAAAUGGAAACCAUUAAAAUUAUUUGCAGCAUCAUCCAGUGAUUCUUAUAUUGAUAUAGAUUUUGUUUCUCCAGCUUACAUAAUUAUGGAGUUCUACUCUGCUAUCAAUGGAAAGAAUCUGAAACAACUCGACAAGCUAAUAGCUAACGACUGUUUCUUUGAGGAUUACUCAUUCCCUACACCGUUUAAAGGGAAAAAGGAGGCCCUGCAUUUUCUAGAUCAGCUAAUUGCCUGCAUGGGUCAGAAUAUGAAGUUCAAUGUAGAGCACAUCUGGCAAGGGGAUGAAUCUACUGCUGGAGCAAAUUGGCACUUAGAUUGGAACAAGAUAACAGUCCCUUUCACCAGAGGAUGCAGCUAUUACAAACUAGCAAGUGAUGGAGAUAGAAUAGUCAUCAAGGAAGCUCGAGUUCUUACCGAGUCACCAAUCAAACUAGGAGGUCUAGCACUGAGUCUACUCAAGAUGGUGACUUUUCUAUUUGAUGCAUUCCCAGCGGCUACAGAGUGGUCCUUGAAGAGUCCCCAUGUCAUCUUUCAACUGCUAUCAAAGAGUUACAAAAUAGCUGUAGAGCCCAUAAUAAGCCCAUUACUGGAAUGGUACAUCAGACUACUAAAUUUUGCAGCUUACAUUCUCGCUUUUACACUCCAAAUACUUCAGUACCUUGUUAAGAUUUUUAACAUGUAAAGGGCAGCUUUUAUUGUAAUCACAAUUCCAAAGUUUGCAUUUGAUACA